UCUAUGGUUGCUAAGGAAAUCAAGCCUGAAGGCGCUGUAAACAGUGAACACACGCUUACUGGAUUCAUAUUAAUGCUCGUUUUACAAUCUUACCAGCUUUGCUGAUCAAUGAAUGAUUGGGGUGAUUGUAUAAAUCGUGGACUCUUAUGGCAGAAUUGCAUAUAAUUGGGCAGAUCAUUGGGGCCACGGGUUUCCCAGAGAACAGCCUCUUCUGCAAAUGGGGUGUACACACAGGAGGAGCAUGGAGGCUUCUUGCUGGUCUGAAGGAAGGUCAAACUCAAGUGGACAUGCCUCAAACAGGGGACAUGGCAUACUGGAGCCAUCCCAUUGAUUUGCACUACACUACUAAGGGCCUACAAGGAUGGCCAAAGCUUCACCUCCAAGUGUGGCAUCAGGACUCUUUUGGGCGAUGCCAGCUGUAUGGUUAUGGUUAUAUCCACGUACCAUCAAGCCCAGGACAGCAUCGCCUGCAAUGCGCUACAUGGCGACCGCUGGGAUCCUUGCAGGAUCAACUUGCCGAGAUGUUUGUCGGAGGAGGACCACAACUGCGCUCGCCAGAUCUCAUUUACAGUGGCGCAGACCGAUAUAGACUCCACACGGUUGGCAUGGGCACAGUUGAACUAGAGCUGUGCGUUAUUCUACGCCACUUUGACAGAUAUGGUGUGGAGAGCUGAGAAUGGACUGUGGACUGACACACAUUUCAGAUCAGAGAUAUGAGGAGUGAAUAGAAGGUAAAAUAUUUUGUUAUAUUGGACAGGAGUUUUUAACAUAAUGCUAUGUGUGAAUGUAAAGGUGAAUAGUUAAGUAUGUAAUACAAUGAGUUGAGUAAAAUGGCA